GAUGGCGACAUUUCAAAAAUAUUUUGUCAGAGUUGAAAAAAUAGUGAAGAUCGUGAAGACUCGAAUUCAGUGAAAUUUGUGCCGUUGAAUUGAUUAAAUUGAUUAAACAUGUUAAAUGAUAAUGUAAGUUGAUAAGGAUGGCUGGAAAUCAAAGUGAUCUAUACAGAUGGAAGCGAAUUACGUCGAAGAAUAAGCCUGUGGCCUCGGUUACUAAGAAGUCCUCAAAACCAACUGAUGAUAUUCAAGAUUGGAUCAAGAAAGUCGAAGAAGCAUCCAACCAAGCAGCAGCAGUGACCUUUGGCCUUCCAGCUAGAGGUCAAAGGUCAAAUGGAUAUCGUACAGUGGAGGCCACUCUAGACGCUGUACAUGAUCAUGAUGAGGCGUACAGUGAAGCACAAGACCUCCUUAGUCAGUGGAUGGCUGAGAAAUGCAACUUGGAUGAUCCUGUGAUGAUGUAUGAUGAGGAUGAAAAUGAGGGCGCACUUCAAGGGUCAACGGAGGUCAGAUCUGCUCUGCGGAGUGAAUGGGACGACAUGCUAGAGAGGCAUGAUCCAAUGCUAGUCAGCAAGACCAAAUAUACAACAUCAGAUGAACUGUAUGCUGACAUUGAGAGCAGGGAUGACUACAGUACUGUGCAGAAUAUACUUGGUUCUCUUAUGGAGAAAGAAUUGAUGGCACCAAAACAAAAGAAGAAACUUCAGUUGGCCAGUGAAGAAAAGAAGAAGACUGACCCAAGAACAACAAUGGCUGCCAGGCAACAGAAGGUUAAAGAGAACCGACUGAAGAAGGAGCUGGAACGCAAGCAGCAGCUGGAAACCAGGCAGGCCAAGAAGACGGCACAGUUACAGGCUAGACAGAUGGUACAACAAGAAGAGAAAGAGAAGGCAAUGAAGAUACAGAGAGAAGAACAGAUGAUAAGAGAAGAGAUGAUGAGGAUUAGAAAGGAAUUACAAGAGCAGAAGAGAUUGGAGGAGGAGGCACGAACAAGGGAUAAAGCAAUCUUAGCGGAAGCUCGAAGAGAGGAAGACGAGAGACAAAGAAAGGAGGAGCUUGUAAUGAGGAAGAUAGAGAACGCUAGACAGCAGCAGAUAGAUGAAGAUAGGAGAGCUAAGGAGGAGAGAAUGAUAAGAGAUGCUCAAGAGGCUCGUAGGCUUACGACCCUUCAGAGUCACUUCCAUGCGUGGUAUCGGCUCGUCCAGGACCAUCGGCUUCAGCUGGGUAAAGCGAGGGCGCUCUCCGAAUGGCGAUGUCUCCUGAAAUCUUGGAACGCUUGGAGAGCUUUUGUCAGAGCAUGCCGAGCUGAAAGGGAAGCCAAGCAAACUGAAAUGGACAUUAAGCUUUCCCACAGGAGAAAAAUUGCGGCUGAGAAUCAUUACCGUCACCAUCUCCUUCAGAAGACGUUUGUUGCUUGGCAGGUCUACGGUCAUAAAGAAAGCCAAGAGAAGGAAUUCAAUGAGCAGCAAUCGCAGAGACGAUCUAAGAUGGCUGCCUUCCUUGAUGCUGCAGCGUCAGGCAAGCUUUGGACCAAUCGUAGUCAGGAAGAGGAACUGACUCCUCGCUCCGAUCGACCGGUCUCUGCCGGUAGGGUGAUGGGGGCCAACUUUGAUGGUGGAGAUGGAUCUGAUCCCAUCUCUAGCCGAAGUGAUCCUUCUUCCCGACCUGGUUCUACACACACCAGACAGGAGAAAGGGACCAGGCACCAGUCUUCAAGGAAACCUAAACAUGCAUGGCAGGUUACAAGGAAACAUGUUAAUCUGACUGCAGAAGAAAUAGCUUCAAUUGGAGACAAUAUGGAUGCUGCUUUGGCAGACAAUCCAACAGCUGGACAACCUCCCUCUGGUGUGAAGCACUCCAAGGAAGGCAAAAGGCCUAUUCAGUACACAGUGAAUAAUUUUGAACAUCGAUAUUCUGCACAGCAGAAGCUUCUUGUUGAGCAACAGGAGCAGUUGAGGGAGCAAAGACGGUUGAUAGAAGAGCUGCAACUGGGUCAAAAGCAACAGGCGAUGAAGAAGCAGUUGGAGCAGAUUCAAGAUGGGGAGUAUACACAGGACCUGGAAGAGCACCCUGAAGGACAUCCAUUGGAUAACAUGUUUAACAGAGGUCAAAGGUCAGCAAGAUCUGACCUCAGUGCUGGGGACUCUACGUCAAGAACAAACUGGAGUGAAGAGUCAGCUUCUUCUAACAGGACAAGGUCAACCUCAAGGUCACAACCUCCUAUACUCAAAGGAAUGGAGGAUAGAGCAGCUCAAAGGGCAAAAUUGAAAGCAGAGCGUGAGGAGAAACAUAAACAGAAAGAAAGAAAAAAACUGAAAGAGAUGCAGGAAGAAGAGGAAAGAAAGGUAGCUGCAGAGGAGGCUGAGAAGAAAGCAGCAAUUGAGAAGAGAAGAGAGGAGAAAAGACUUGCUAAACAGAGAGAGCAGGAGAAAUUGGAUCGCAUUGAAAAAUCACGGCGGCAGAUGGCACAAGCAGAUGCUCACUAUCAGAGUUCGCUGCUCCGUCAUUACGGCUUCAAGCCAUGGUGUAAACUGGUACACAUGUCAAGACAGAAUAUGCAGGUUGCAGUGGAUCAUCACAGUCAUAACUUGCUUCACACAGUACUAUUAUCAUGGCAUCACAUGACACAGGAAGUAAUUCAACGUAAGAAUGACCUCGCUGAUGUCAGGUUCCAAGAGAUUCUUCUAAGAAGAAGUUUCAAUUCGUGGAAGAGGUUUGGACAUUACCAGUCCAUACAGCUUCAGAAGGCUAGAAGGCAUUAUCUCCGCAGACUGAAAUCUAAAGCCUUGUUGCGAUGGAGAGAUUGGGUGACGGAUGAGAGAAUAAGGGCGUGGCAAGCAGAGGAGAGAGCCGAGGAACACGAUACAAGCCGGAUAAUGAAGACAGCAUUCCGUGCUUGGAGACGAUACCCCAAGAUGCUGAAGGAAGAGAGAGCUAAGGAGAUCCGGCGACAGGAAAUAAGGAGGAAAGUUGCAUCUAUUAUUCCAGACUUUGGACUUACAUGAAUGAUGAUAAAAAUUAAUCUAGCUAAUUUGGCAUUUUUAUCAAUCACUUCAUCAGAUGUUUUGCAGACCAACUGUUACACACCCUGGUUUUAAGGAUUGAAUUCCUGCCAGGCCCUCAUUUACUUCAUCUGGGUCGAGUGCAGCACAGUUUGAAUAAAUUUGUUGCUGAAGGAAAACUGGCCAUGGCUAGGAUUUGAACCCAUGGCCCUUUGAUUGAAAGACAAGAGUCAGAACCACUAAACCAUGACGCACCCACCAUGAAAAUGAUUAGGGCUCCAAUUCAGUUUUACUUAUUCAAUUACUGUAAACUCAGAAGUAUAGAUAAAUAUGAAAUAUAGAUGUCUCGUUAAUAUGUUAUCCCAUCAUGGUACAUGAAGUUCAUGGAUUCUGUGCCAGUGAGGCCUGCACAAAUUUGAAAACUCACAAAAUGUCAGUGGCUUCUUAUGGUUAUUUAUUGCUAAUGCAGCUCAAUCCAUCUGCCAUGCCAGCCAAAUGGUGACACAACAUUAUGCUUCUACAACAAUUGUUCCUGGCUUUAGUUUGCCUUCAGAUUUUAAUAGGUUAAAGCUAAAUGAACGUAGUUGCAGUAAAACACUGAUUUCGUGAGAAAGUCUGUAAAACCAAGGUACAGUAUUGAAAUAUCAUUGUGGAUCUGGUACAGUUACAUAAACUGAACUUUGUGAAAUCAUAAUAUCUAGCUAAAAAAACAAUCACACUGAAGAUCGCCAACACAGAUAGGCACACGUGGGACAGUGUAUUAUUAUUGCUGGAAUAAAGACCCGACGGAAGUGACCGAAUCCGCGCUUAUUUUGCUUAUUUCUCAGCAAUUACACAAUUUCUUCCAGAAUCCUUUGGCACAUAUUUUUUAUUCAUACAAACAGACACUUUGGUGAUCAUUAUAUUAAAUUCUGUAAAAAGUCAUUUUGAGAUCGUUCCCACAACUGGAAAAUAUCUUUUAAGGGUGAGCGUUGUGAUAAGGUGUUAUGUUAUGUUCAGGGUUAGGUAUAUGGUACGGUAAAGUGUUAAAUCCAGGGUUGAAGUUGGCCAUUCAGCUACUGUGUGGAAUUUAUAGCUGAACAAUUGUUGCCAGAGAUGUCAUGUAUUCAGCCAACACCCUCAUGUACAUACGAAUAUAGCUGAUUUUGCACCUAAGAAUAUGUUCCAGUAGUGUGUAAACUAGUAUAUAACUUCACAAACCGCUUUAUGAAACCUUGUGACUCGUAAAUAAUACUUUGGGCCAAAUCAGAAUCUUGAUCAAUAUGAAUCCUAUCGGCGUAAGUUGAAGCCAGGGUCACAUUUCAUAACACAUUAACACUUUCUAUAACAAGUUUACUGUACGCCAAUCAGAUUGAAUGAUUUUAGUACAUUUAAAUCGUGAUUGCAUAUUUGUUAUAAUAACAAGUUGUUUGAAACGGGCCCCUUAUCUCUGAAGAUCUUAAUUUUCUUAUGCAUAUGCAUGUGAAUGCAAAGUUAAUAACAAUGAAAGUAACUGAAAUUAACAAGAAUGAUAAGAAAUGAUGUGCAAUGUGAAAUUACAUGUAUUCCUUCAGUAAAUUUAGGGGAAAAAUAGAUUUGAUCUUAUUAGACUAAGUGUGUGACAUCAACUAUUCUCCUUGAUUUGAUUGCCAUGAAAUGUACUUGAUCUUUAUAUUACAUGUAUUGGAAAAUUUAGAUUGUGGGGGAAGGAUAUUCUAGUGCAUAUUAUAUCAUGUAUCACUGCUUUGGGUGUGAACAGGGACAAUUUUCCUGUGCCUACAAUAAUAAGUACUUUCACAGUCCUAUGGAUAGCUGUACAAAUCAGAUUAUGAUAAUAAGUUAAUAAAGGCAACAUCAAUUUA